GCUGGCUACGGCCAGGAGAUAGCUAUUAAACAAACGAAUUGCUGCUUAGAUUUUAUUUGCUUGUUUUUGGAGACAGGACGCAGUAAAUUUCAGAAAAACGGAAAGGUAGUGCAGGGAGCCACAGGGUCACAUGAAAACAUGAGGGCUAUAUCUCGUUCUUUCUGAAAGUGGGCUACACAUUUACCUUCGCCUCUCGUGGGGGCACCUCUUUAAUGAAUGAAUGUAAUCUGGUCAAAUUGAGAAGUUUUAAUUUCAGGUAGAGAGUGUCUUGUUUCCCAGAGGUUUGCUCAAGCCAGUGCAGCAAAAUCUUCAGCUGUGGGUUAUCUGUCACGUGGUCUCAAAGAAGGGGCUGAAUUAAUUUUACAAUUCAGGUGACUUAAGGGCAAAGCAGAUGUCCUUAAUUCCUCCGCGGACCAUUUCUGAAACGUUACCCAUGAAAACACAGAACAACAUCUGUUACAGGGGAAAAAGGGAGUUUUCCCGCCUCUAGCCCGUCUCUUUGGCAGGGACGCGGGUAUUCCUCAAAAGUCCCAUUUAUCCAGCCUUUGCCUACAGCAAAGGGGCUGGGUUUACAUGCAACCAGUUUUUCAGUCAGCUGCCUGCCCUUUCUUCCCUCUUCGUGCUUCGUCGAUCACGACUUUAAACGAAACGACUUUCCGUGUGAAGUAAGGUGGAAAUCACUCUGGCGCAUCGGUACAGCCCCGAGAAGUAGACAACUGCGCGGGUUCCGAGAACAUCAACCAGACAGAGCUUGUGGGUUGAGGAAAAUCAAAGGCGGAGGGGGAGCGGGGAAGGGAGAAGCAAAGCAACUGAAUUGUCAUUGCAUUCUGGGAGUUGUAGUCCCUGCAGGGCGGCUUCCUCAAGUCUCCACCUGCCUCUGCACUCCAUCUCCCAGCCGCCCCGCGCGCGGAGGAGGCGAGUGGUGGGGACGCUCGGUGAUGAGCUGCCGCAGGGGGAGAGGGCUUGGGGCCGAGAGGCAGCCGCGGCGCAGCUGGGAGACGUUAACCUCUACGGUCUUUGGAGGCUGAGGGACCCUCGGGCGAGUGGCGACGAGGGCCGGGUGGCCGCCACGCGGUCCUGUGCUCGCCGUCUCUCCUAUCCACGAACGCGCGGCGUCCGCCAUGGGAGCGCAUCCAGCCGCCGCCGGGGUCUCCGGGCGUCGCGUCCGCGGCUCCCCGGAGCGAUGAGGGCGUAGGGACACCCGCGCCAGCCCGCGCCCCGCCGGCCGGGGAGACACGGAGGGUCGGUCGGGCCGGCAGCCGCGCCCGCCCCCGCGCCGCCCCGCCCCGCCCCCUGGGGGCGCUGCCGAGGGGCGCCCGCCGCCCAUGCCGGCCCGGGGGCCAGCCGCGCCCGGCGCUCGCCGCUGAAGCCCAGGACGCGCCGCCCGCCCGGCCGCGGCCGCCCGCCCGCCGCCCCCCAAGAUGUGGCACAACGUCGGGCUGACCCUGCUGGUGUUCGUGGCCACGCUGCUCAUCGUCCUGCUGCUGAUGGUGUGCGGUUGGUAUUUUGUAUGGCACCUCUUUUUGUCGAAAUUCAAGUUUCUGCGGGAACUGGUGGGAGACACAGGAUCCCAGGAGGGAGAUCAUGAGCCUUCAGGAUCUGAAACAGAAGAAGACCCUUCAUCGUCUCCGCACAGGAUCAGGUCCACUCGCCAAAGGAGGGCAGCUGCUGAAGAAGGCCGCUGACGCAGCCGCAGUCCCGCCCUAGUGGAGGAUGGAAGGCAGGUGGGAGCAUCUGUCUUUAAGGACGUGGCUUUGCAGUUUGCUUAAAAGAUUGAGGAACAUUUGCACUUGGAUUUUAAAUCCAAUUCAAACAACGAUUUACAUGUAAAGCCAUAUGAAAAUAAAGGGAAUUAAAACCAAAUUGGACCAUUUGCAAAUUUCAUCUUAAAGAUAAUCUUUUGCUUCACCAGCUUUUACUUAUAUGCUUGUUCUUUGGCUCCUGGGCUUAUUUUCUUGCACUGCUGUGAAUCCGGUAAAUAUUAUAGGCUUGAAAAACCGUAUUUUAUUAGUUCCAUAAUGUAUGUUUUUUGUUUCUGUGGUUUUUGUUUUCACAUUUUACCUUGUCUGAAAUUGGAAUGCAUCUCGAGAUUGCUGUCAACCGGGCAGUAGUCAUGGUGUGAUUAUCCAGCCUGCCUGUGUGAACUCUCAGCUUGUCAUAGCGUCAUCACUGUAUUGUGGGUAUCCGAUGUGUCAGUUUUAAUUGGCAUUUAAAAUGUCUUCAAAAAGAUUACACUAUGAUUCAGCAUUGAAACGGAAAGUUAUUGUGUAUGCAGAAAUGCAUGGGAACAGAGCAGCAGGGCGCACUUUUGAUAUCAGUGAAGCAAAUAUCCGUCGCUGGAGGAAUGACCGAAAUUCCAUAUUUUCUUGUAAAGCAACAACAAAGUGCUUUACGGGACCUAAGAAAGGAAGAUACCCACAGGUAGACGAAGCUGUGCUACAUUUUGUCAGUGAGACGUGUGCAAAAGGAUUGCCUGUCACACGCCAGGCGAUGCAGUUGAAGGCGGGAGAAAUUGCCAAAACGCUUGGAAUAGAUGAAACAAAAUUCAAAGCAACACGAGGCUGGUGCGAUCGAUUCAUGCGUCGAGCAGGACUGUCAUUAAGGCGGCCAACAUCGUUUUGUCCAAAGCUUCCUGCUGACGUUAAACGGAAGACAGCGGUGGAGCACUCUUUCCAGAAAUGCUGUGUCACCAGCACUCUCACCGACACCAAGGGUGCUGUCGUGUGGAAGAGUGCACACCUCGGCCGCUGUGGUCUGGGAAGUGGUCCCGAAGAGUCGGUCUCAGAGUUUGAAGUUCUAGUUGUAACUUAACCAGUUUAUUUCAUAGACUCUCUUUACUUUUGCACAAGAUGGAUAUGGUAAAAAAUCUGUUUGACUCUAAAAGCUGUUUCAAUAAAUAUAAACCUUCUACAUGAUACAAAAGCAUUGCAUCGUAGUUUAAUUGCCUGUGUUUUUUCUUAGUGAUACAUAUGGUGCAUCCUACAAUUGAUGGUAUCUUAGAUUAGAUAAAAAGUAGUUUGUAAAUUUAUUUUUUCUUGGAUAGCACUUAUUUAUUGGGAACUUAAUUCUGCCUCUUGUUAAGAUAGUUAUCCUCUGUGAUUUCUUUUUGGCAACUUAUUCCGGAUCUUAGAGUAGUAACUUAGGAACCUGAGUGCUGGCUUCUACUUUAGGAAGAGUAGGAUUAGUUACUCCUUUGUAUGGGAGGACUUCAUGCUCAAGCCGUGUGUGGUGGAGAAACUACUUCUUCACAAACAAUAAUUCCGUGACAAGACCUCAGAGAUGCAGGGUAUUGAGGAAGAGAGAGUGGCUGAAAAUGCCUGCUUCACUGUAAAAUGAGUCUUGCCAGGUUCCUGUGUUUGUCUUCACUGGACUUUGGGCUGUGUGUUUACUGGGGAAGAGAGAUGGAUCAAAGAACCUUCCUGCUUAGUGUUACCUGCUUUGUGCAAGAGUGAACUGCAAAGCCAACUUAUUAAUCUAAGUUCUUUUUAUGUUUUUAACCUGUUUUCUCAAGAACUAGUCAUCACAGCGUAUCACCUCUAUUUUAUGAUGGUGUGUAAUUUUGUGUUUGAUACCUCAUACUUGAUGCCGAUAGAUAGUUUUGUUUGUUAACAGCUUGCUUGUUCUGCCCCAAGUUUUAUUCCUGAUGAACACCUCUGCUGUCACUGUAGCCCUUUGGAUAUACUAAAAGGGAAUUUACAGAAUGUAACUUUAAUUUUAAGCAUUUGCUGGGGAAAACCCCAGCAGCUGAGAGUGGGGCGCAAUCUUUCUGUCUUCAUUUCCUUGUUGGAUGCAGUUUUUUAUUUUUAUGUGACUGUAGGCAUUAACGAAACAGUGACACAAGUUUCAAGCAUUAAUUUUAGUGCUUCAUACUAGCUAAAUAUAUUAAAAUGAUCAUCAGAAAAAAAAAUUAAUGAUUAAAAGGCUUCUUGGUACUGGGAGGAUAUUUAAAGUAGAUCUUUCAUAGUCUAACAUUUUGAGCUGUGGGUUCUGCUUUAUGGUGAAUAUCUUAGGUUUAGAUAAUAAUAGUUGCUGACAAACUUUAAGUAGCUGAUGAGCUUCCAUAUUGUGUCAGUAUUAAAGAGUGAUGGCUGAUGUAACCUACCCACCUCUCCAAGGGUCUCUACAAAUUAAUCCAUGUAAAGUCUACAGGUUGGUAUUAUUUAUUAAUAUUUAUGCCUCAAGGAUGUCUUUCUUAAUAGAAUUUUGAGAAAUUUUCGGUUAGCUUACUUGGGAAGUAUACCUGAAAGCAUAUUCAUAGUUCACAUCCUGCCAUGUUUUAAAUCCUAAGAGUCAAAAGAAAUCACUGAUGCCAAUAUGAAAAUUCUACAAACUAAUUCCUUUGUUUAAAAUCUUUUUUUUCCCCCCUGCACCCCUCUUCCCCCACAUAGUACAUAUUUCUGAGGCCACUAAAAAGACAAGAAAUCGUUGUUAACACAGAAUUAUCUGUGUGGUAUAGUGUUUCUGUUCUUUUCCUGUUUUAGUGCUUUUGUAGCUGAAAUUACCAGAACUUCGUUGUAAGUGCAUUUUCAGUUUCUCAGUAGGAGACAGACUAGCUUGUGGUUAAUUUGGUUUAGAAGGUCCUGAGCAUGAAAAACACAUACAAGUAUUAGUCUUGUCUGAAUGCUCACAAACAAUAAUGGUGAUCAAGUAUGCCACCUUUGAGGAUUAAUUCUAAAAUUGAGGAUUCUGGUAGGUUGUUUCGUUUCCUUCCCAACCAACCAUUUCCAGAUCUUUCUCUUUUGCCUCUGAAACUUCUGUGAAAAUUGCCUGUGUCAGUGUAUUGGUAGCAUUGCUCUGAUUUUAAAUGCCAAAAACACUAAAUGUUUGUGUGGCACUGUUAAAUGAGGUUUUUAAUAUUUUCAUCAAACUAAAAGAUUCAUCCGAUGGAUUUAGUAGUACUGUUUUCAUCAUGGAAACAUAAAUACUUUGUUAUUUGGUGGAUAGCCAAUUUACACAUGUGCCGACCCAUUUCUUUAGAUGUUAUUAGGUUUAAAAACACCUUCACACCGUUAUUUUGCUGAAAGUUGAGAGUACUUUAAACAAUGGUUUCACGAACUACGGCAUUUUAAACCAAAAUGUGUUGAAAGAUUUGAAAGUAGUUCAUUUUUACUUUUAAGAGCAACAAUUUUUGAAAUUAUUUUAAGUCAACAGUGUGGUAUUUUUUUAAGUCACUUUUUCUUAAAAGGUAUGUUUUAAUGUAACAUGCAACCAAUGUAACUAGCUUUUGAUGGUAAACUUCAAGUGCUUUUAUGUUUCAAGUUGACUUUAAAAAGCCAAUGAGCAGCACUCAAAGGUGAUAGACCCUCAAGCAACUGGUGGAAUAGUAUUUUGUUACGGAGUCUAGAAUUAAAGCACCUUAUACUGUCUGCUUUUAAAGUAUCCUAUAGUUUUUAACUUAAAACAUAAAGAGUAAUAACAUUUUAUCUUAUAUUGGUAAAAGUUACAUUUUCUGUUUGUUAAUGUGUGGGUGCUGCUGUCUUAUAACCAAUGUUUAUCGUUAGCCCCCAAGUCAGUUCUAUGCAUAACCAUUCACAAAUACUGCUGCUGUGGUUUCUUACAGGAAACAUCCUGUGCUGUGCUAUAUGAUGCAUUAAAAUCUUGCUGCUUGGCAAAUAGGCUUAUAAGGAGUUAGAAUUGUGUGUGUUACUAGUACCUUUGUCUAACAAGAUGUAAAAUUAGAGAUGAGGAAUGUGUGUAAAUGAUCAUUCACUGUUUUUGUUUUAAAACUGGUCAGUACUGUAAAGCUGUGGUUUGUAUGAUGUUUUACCUUUCACUUUAAACUGCACAGAAUAAAUUAAAAUGAAAACAAA